UUAGGUAAUCCUCCACUUAGCAAUCCAUACGGUGAUCCUAAUUUAUCACAACCAAUAAUGGCACUGCAGCAAAAUGUGGCAGACAUUUUGUUUGUGCGGACCAGUUAUGUGAAAAAAAUCAUAGAAGAUUGUAGUAAUUCAGAAGAGACUAUCAAACUACUUCGUUUCUGCUGUUGGGAAAAUCCUCAGUUUUCAUCUACAGUUCUCAGUGAACUACUUUGGCAGGUUGCUUAUUCUUACACAUAUGAACUUCGACCUUAUUUGGAUCUACUUCUCCAAAUCUUACUAAUUGAGGAUUCUUGGCAGACUCACAGGAUUCACAAUGCACUUAAAGGAAUUCCAGAUGAUCGUGAUGGGUUGUUUGAUACCAUUCAACGAUCCAAGAACCAUUAUCAAAAAAGGGCUUACCAGUGUAUAAAAUGUAUGGUGGCUCUCUUCAGCAACUGUCCUGUGGCGUAUCAAAUUUUACAGAGUAAUGGAGAUUUGAAGAGAAAGUGGACCUGGGCAGUAGAGUGGCUUGGAGAUGAGCUAGAACGUAGGCCUUACACAGGCAACCCACAGUAUACAUACAAUAACUGGUCUCCACCAGUACAGAGUAAUGAAACAUCAAAUGGUUACUUUCUGGAAAGAUCUCACAGUGCAAGAAUGACUCUUGCAAAGGCUUGUGAACUGUGCCCCGAAGAGGAGCCAGAUGAUCCAGAUGCUCCUGAUGAGCAUGAAUCUUCUCCACCAGAAGAUGCUCCAUUGUACCCCCAUUCACCUGGCACCCAAUAUCAACAGAAUAACCAUGUGCAUGGACAACCAUACACAGGCCCUGCAGCACACCAUAUGAACAAUCCUCAGCGAACUGGCCAACGAGCACAAGAAAAUUAUGAAGGCAGUGAAGAAGUUUCACCACCUCAGACAAAAGAAUAGUGAAAAUGCACAUAAUUAAGUUGUUCCAUCAAGACUGUGCACCCAGGCCUUACAGUCCAACUUUUCUCUGUGUCUGGCUGAUAUUUAGAUAAACUAUUCCUAAUCAACAUGGAGUGAAGAGUCUAUUCACUGUCUUAUCUGCAGAAAAUUGCUGUCAAUAUAUAACCUGCCUGCAGUGGAAAGUGUAUAGUGUUUUGUAAUAAAUGGCCUGAUGCUAAUGUGUAAAUGGCAAAGGUGUAUAUAGUAUAUUAAUGUUUGACUGUUAAUUCUUAAACAAGAAACUCUUUUCGUCUUGAAUGAGACUCAGAUCUACAACAAUUAAUUUCUUGAUAUAUCUGCUGCGCUCUACAACCAGUGUUGCCUGCCUAAUGGCAGUUAGAUCAACUCAACUCCUUACCCUUGCCCCCCUCACCUCCCCAAAAAGUAAGCCUGUUCAUGUCAACCAGAAAAAAUACUUUCAUAUAAUUCUUUGCCACUGGAGUCCAUUUUACUAUGAGUAUCAUAAUGACUGGUAACCUUUUAAUUCUUUGGUUGAUGUGGAAAAUUGGUGAUAUACCUUGUUUCUAGGUCUCUUUCCAUUGCCUUUUCCAUUCUGGUAUUAAGUUAAUCACUUGAAGCUAUAGUUAAGCUGUAACAUUUAGCAUGGCUUCACACCAAGUUAGAGUAGCCAGUAAGGAAAGAAAAUUUCAGUUGUCCAAAAUGAAACUGCUGUUUAAACCCUUUUCUUCAGACACCUGGGUUAUAAAACAGGAGGGGGGGGGUUGGGCAAAGUGGCCGAUGGUUUUCAGUUGCACAUACGUUCCUCACAUCUGAUGUUUGACAGUUCUGUCUCUGGAUGGGGUUAAAAAGACACUUAGUUUUCAGUAAUAGGAAAUUAAAAAAAUUUAAAACAAAUAUGCAAAUUUUGCUAUGCCAGGAUGCCUGGAGCAUAACAGACUGUAUUUGGUGUGCUUGUUUCAUUUCUUCAGUAGAGCUUAUUUGAUAAAACUUCUAAUACUUUCCUUUAUACUGCACUGCAGUGAAGUGGAAGUCAACAAAAUCACACAAUACUUGUGAGUAUCACUGCACCAAGUUAACUUGCUGAUUUUCUGCUCAUGCACAAUUCUACUUGAAAGCAAGAAUUGUCUUAGCUCUAUAUCCAUUAUAAGAGAAAUCGUAACCUUAGGAGCAGGGUUUGAUUAAAGUAAAUAAAUUACUGGUUAGUCAAACAUAAACCCAAGGUACCUCUGUUUCAGAGUAAACAUUUGUUGAAAGACUUCAAGGAACUCAUUAGUAAAUACUGUAUUUAAAUUAAAAAUUGGUAACUUGAAUGUGUGUAAUUAUUUUGGAACCUGUCAAAAAACCAAAUACUCCCUGCAAACAGAUACAGCCCACCCUAUACUAUUUAAAUAUUUGCUGUUUUAUUUUAUAGAAAUUAUUUUGCUGAAUUCACAAAUAGAAUUUGAUUUAAGAAGAUCAUUUUUGUCCUGUGGUAUGUGUGUGUGGUUUUUUUUUAUAAAAAAAACAAUGCACAGGUAGUUGAAUUCUGUGCACUAUACUGAAUUCUGGAACAAAAGUCACAGUGAGAUUGGUGGACAGAAAUUUGAUCCUUUACAAAGAAUAAAAAAAGAAACCUGUCAUAGUUUCUAAUGUGACUAUCUUGUACUUUUUGUAUGUUUUAUAUGUACAUAUAUAUUUAAUGAGCACAAGCUUUCUGGUAUUUUUAUUAAGUUAAUACAAACAAUGCUGCUUAUCAAACUUAGGACUUGAAAUAAGUAAAAUGAGGAAAUCAAAGAUUUCUUUUGGAUUUAGUGUAACACAUUUAGAGUCUUAACACAUUUUUAUUCUAGGUAACAGUGCUCAUGUUACCCUUCUGGGUUUGCUCUAAUAUACUUGUUAUGUUUUAAUAGCAUUUUCCUGGAUUGGUUAACAACAUUUGACUGAAGCUUUACCGAUCUAUUUGGAUAAAUUUAGUACUAGCUUAAACAAAACAAUACUCUGAUUUUGUGUUAGAACCUCAAGGAAUCCCUUGAGCCAGCAUUUAUUGUUAGAUGUUAUUUCAAAGAAUCUUUUUGCCUUCCAAAACAAGGUAGUUACUACUUCAGCCUUGGGGAGGUGGGGAAGCAAGUGUGACACAAUUGUGGAACUUACGUUCACAAUGCUGUAUGUUUUUUACCCUCCAUGGGGGAACAUAUUUUCAAAUGUUCAGCUUAGGGUUGUUACUAGUAAACUUACAGAAAACUGUAUGAGAGUAUGGCUGGUUGGAAGUCAAUGAAUAGCAGAAACUUGAGAAUUCUCUUUGCUUUUGGCAAAAUGUUAGAUUUAUUCCUUUUAAAAUGUUCUUCGCAGUAAUUUAUGCUUCUGUCAGUUAUGGCAACAGUAGCUUCAAAACUGUCAUUUUAUUACCUCGGUAUUGAUGGCACACAUUAACAAGUCAUCAAAGUGCCUAAAUGUUUGAUUUUCAUUUUCUUUUUAUUAUUGAAUUCUGUUUUUUUGCUUUUGUUUUAACACCUAAGGAAAAACUGUCUUCCAUAAAAGUGAUUCACCUAAUGUUAACCUUACCUUUUUUAAAAAUAAUUUUAAGAUUCAAACAAAAGUAAGUUGAACAGCUAUAGAGGAAAAAAACAACAAUUUUCGUACCAAAAUGUAUUUAUAAAAAUAGCUUUCAUUUUUAUAGGACCAAUUCUGUAUGCAUAUAACUUUUCAUCACUAAGCUCAAUGAAUAUUAAAUGUUUAGUAUUCUCA